AUGUCGGAUGCAGAGAAAUAUGGCGAUGGAGGGGAUACACCCGUACCUCAGCUGAGCGGUGCAGUGACACCCAUGGAAGGUAAUACUGGUCCUGCGUUGGGUAAAGGUAGUGUGGAUGAUGAGGUCUUGUUGGCUAAACUGGGGUAUAAAUCCGAGUUUAUGAGGGAGUUUGGUAAUUUAGAAACCUUCAGUUUCGCUAUGAGUAUGACGGCAUCUAUCGCUACUACUUUCACCACACCCCUCACGUACGGUGGUGUAGCAUCAGUAGUCUGGUGUUGGCUGGCGGGAUCUAUCAUGAACAUCAGUUUGGGAGCUUCCAUCGCUGAGAUUGUCUCUGCCUAUCCUACUGCCGGUGGAUUGUACACUGCGUCUGCAGCUUUGGUACCUAGGACCUACAGACCCAUUGUCGGUUGGGUAACGGGUUAUCUAAAUAUCUUGGGUCAAGUCGCUGGUGUAGCUUCUACUGAAUGGGGUUUAUCAGGAAUGAUCCUUGGUGCUGUGGUAGUAUGCAGAGAAACCUACGUUAUUGAAGUAUGGCAUCAAUUCUUAUUAUUCUGUGGUCUGCUCGUGAUGCACGGAUUACUUAACUCAUUGCCUACCGCCGGAUUAGCGAGACUCACCCGAUAUUUCGUAUUCAUCAAUAUCGGUUCAGCGUUAAUCAUCAUCAUCACCUUGUUGGCUUGCACACCCAGAUCCGAGAUGCAUCCUGGAAGUUAUAUCUUCACUGAGACCAUCAAUGGUACAGGUUGGCCUUCGAAUGGGUUGGCAGUUCUGAUGGGUUUGCUCUCUGUCCAAUGGACGAUGACGGAUUAUGAUGCUGCCGCGCAUAUUAGUGAGGAAGUUCACAGAGCAGCUAUCGCAGCUCCUGUGGCUAUCUUCGUCGCAGUGCUCAACACCGGUGCCAUUGGAUGGAUCCUCAACAUCGUACUGUGUGUCACCGCUGGAGACGUAUCUGAACUUCCUGGUCCAUCUGGAAAUGCCUUUUUGGGUAUCAUGUAUUUGAGAAUGGGUAAAGCUGGAGCUAUGGUUCUUUGGUCAUUUGUCUGCCUCAUCGCAGCAUUCACCGUUCAAACCGCCCUUCAAGCCAACUCUCGAACUGUAUUUGCCUUUUCCAGAGACGGGGCAUUCCCCGAUAGAGGUUUAUUCGGCAGGAUGAACCAAACUACCAAAACUCCCGUCAUCGCCGUUUGGGUCGUAGUGGCUAUUAGUGUUUUGAUGGGUGUAUUGGCUUUUGCAAGUUUGACUGCUGUCAAUGCCAUCUUCUCGAUGUGUGCAGUGGCACUAGAUUUGUCAUACAUCAUUCCAGUCAUCUGCAGGAGGAUCUUUGACGGUCAUGAAGAAGUCAAUUUCACUCCUGGACCAUUCUACAUGAGAGGUUGGGGUCUUUACGUCAAUACCAUCAUGGUCGUAUGGACUUUAUUCGAAGUUACCAUUUUGGCUUUCCCAGCUUCUUGGCCACUUACUUGGGACACUUUCAACUAUUCUGCUCCUAUCACCGGAGCAGUCAUGGCUCUCUCACUCGUAUGGUACUUUGCAGCUGGAAGGAGGUACUACGAUGGACCUAAAUCCAAUUUAUCUACCGAACAAAAGGCAGCCAUCGAACCUGAACUCUAA